AUGGCUUCCAAGAAGGACAUGCGCCGCGCCGACCUCAUCGUGCCCUACGCCGAGCCAGAGAAGGGCAAGGAUGACAACGACAUGGCGAGCACGCUCUCGAGCACACUGCCCAUGGCUGCCAUCUUCACGCGAAACAAAAUGAUCGGCUGGGUUGCUGUAGUAUUCGCUAUCCAGUCGUGGCUCGCUGAGACACCCGAGCAGAAGAGAACAUCGUCUACACCCGCCUACUUCCAGGUGGGCAUGUCCAUCAUGUCGCUUCUAGUUAGUUACUCGUCUAUGUUCCUUCCGCCCCCGCCAGUCAGGCCUGGGCAAGCAUCUGGAACGGAAGCGUUCCCUGCUGCUCCGCCAUCGUAG